AUGGAUUGCUUCUCGUCUUCGUGCAUCGCAACGUCUGUAAGCCCCGCGCUCUCCUCAACCGGUCUCGCGCUGCCUCACGCCGAUUCCGCCCCAGAGGAAAACCAACUACAGGCGCAAGGCGAGGGAGACUCGAGGCCGGAGCUCGUCAUCGAGAGCGGAAGAGCCGCGCCCACGAAAGAAGAAAAGAGGGCGCGAGAGGCGGAAGCGAAGCUGGAGCGAGGCAAAGCGGAGGAAAGAGAGAAGAAGGAGACGGCUCAGGAUUUCGGCGCCCAAACGUCCUGCGCGUUUUUCUUCGAAACGGCUGAGAAGCGCAUCUCUCCCUGCGCCCAGCUCCUGGCGGGGACCGACUCUCUCCUCGCCGAGACGACCUGCGCCGGAGAAGGCAAAGCAGGAUUCUCCUCGGAUUCGCCUGCGAGCGAGCCAGACUCUUUCGCGCCUCACCCCGAAAGUGAGGCCUUCGCGUCUCCCGGGGUCGCCUGGAGCCACGAGGCGCGACACAGGAACGAUCCAAAUGGAGGCGAUGUGCCUCUCCUCAGAAUUCUUGUUCAUGCGCCUCAAAGCCUCGAGGCUUCUUCCUUCCCCUCAGUGGACGCGAAGGUCAUCUCGCGCGUCACUCAGCAUCUUCUGAAAAGCAAAGCGCCUCCCUCGCCCGCGCUGUCGCAGGCGCCAACUGCCUCUUCAUCGCCUUCUGUGCCUUCUUCUCCUCUCCUUCCUCCCUCUGCUCGUCUGUCGCCACCCCUUUCUUCUUCGGCGUCGCGUCCUCCUCCCUCCCGGCCUCUUGCGCCACUUCCUGCGUCUUCGCUUCAUCCUUCUGGCCUGCUCUUUCCUUCGGCAGCUUCUUCUGCUCCGGUCGCGGGCGACGUCGCGCCUCCGUCAGCCUCCCUCUUUGCCGCACUGCCGGAGGCGCGGUGCGUAGCCGAGGAACCUGCUGUCGAAGGAGACGGGAAGGUGGAGGGCCUGUGCCCGUUGCCGCCGCGCGAUCUCGGCUCGCCUGUGGAGGCUGAGUCUGCGCAGGGCACGGGCGUCGCCGUUGAAUCUUCUUCUCCCUCUCUCUCUGCGCCCAGCCGCCGGCGCAAGAAAGACCGCCAGGCGCGCGAGGCGAGGCAGAAGAAGAGGAAGAAGAGCGAGAAGAAGAACGUCUUGCGCUGCUCGGCGCGGCUUCUCAGAGGCAAGCGCGCCUCCUGGCAGAAAGGCACCCUCUGGGCGUGCCUUGACGACGAGCUCGAGGCCGCCCUGCGCGCGUCCCUCGAGGAGGCCCUCGCGCGGGGCUCCUACGACCCGCCUGCCUCCACGGGCGCCUGGAGCCCAGACGCCGAGCCGGCGCGCGAGGCCUCGCCGCCCCAAGAGCUGCCAAUGGAGCCGAUGUCCUCGGACUCCUCCUCCCACUCCGUGGAGUACCUGCGCGAGCGGAGGCCGGGGGGCCCGCGAAGGCUGCGCGGGCGGGCGGCGCCGUCGCCGGCACUGGAGAAUGCCGCAGACGCAGAUCUUCUGCAAAACUCGUCCCAGCCCUCCGUCGCGCCACCGAGAGACGGCGACUCCGCGUGCGCGACUCCGCCGCUGCGUACGUGGAAGCGGAGGCGCGGCAUCGUGCUGGUCUCGCCACCUCCGACGCCGGGGCUCGAGGACGCCGCCCCCCGAGAGGCCUCUGUGCGACGAGAUGACGCUGCAGUCCGCGAGGCGCGCACGCGAAGCAUCUUCCUCUCGCCGACGCCUUCGCCGGCGCCUGCGCGCCGCACCGCGGCGAUCCUGUCUCCUUGCCGGCGGCACGGGCACGCGCGAAGAUUCUCGCGCCCGCUCAGCGCGCAGGCGGAGCUGGAGCCCAGUGAGGGCUCGACGACGCAGCUGGGGGGCCGCGAGGGCGCCGCGGAGACUGCGCUGCGUUUGCUAGGUGACCAGGGCGCGGGCGCGUCGGUCCUGCAGCGCGGCGCCGCUCGCGCCGGCCGUGGGGCGACCGUAGAGAGAGAAGGAGAGAGGAAUUCGUCGGGAGUCAGCAAGAUCAGCAGGGAGGAGGCCGCGGCCGCAGAGAGGGGCUGCAGACAUGCGAAAGCGAGCGGCGGCUGCGGCGACGCCACGCCGGGGGCGCGUCAGGAGGACGAAGCGGAGAGCGAGUGGAAGAGACGCCUGAGUGACAGGAAAAAUCGCCUCUCCGCUCUCACGACGCAAGUCGCGCGCAAGUCGCUCCGCGCGCGCCUCGCCAGCAGAGGUGUCGACAACCCGGACGAGGAAGAACUUCUGAAGCAACAGCGAAAACGCGAAGAGGAGACCUCAACCGGGUCUGAGAGUUCAGGCCUCGUGCGGCGCAGACGCAGGCCGCGGCCGAAGCCCUCCUGUCGGUCCGUAGGAUCCACGCGCUCGGGCAGCUCGUGUGAGACCGCGGCUGCGUCUGGAGGCAUGGGGCGGAAUCCAUCCUCGAGGGAUUUCGCGUCGUCCCUUUUUUUCGCUUCGCAGUUCCUCGCCUUCUCAAACGACAUGCGACCCGGACGGCGCAGGCGCGUCUUGGAGAAAAGGAGCCCGCCGCCGGAAACCGAUGAUGAAGGCGUGAGCGACUUCAUCGUGGAGGACGACGAGGACGACGAGGACGAAACCGAAGACGAUGCAACUGAGGAGGGUAUCCUCGCGGACUCCGACGAUGAGGAGGAGCUCGACACGGGGCAGGAGCUGGCGAGGCGCGCGAGCUACGAGCGCCGCAGAAAGCGAGACUCCGACAAGAAGCUGGAGGAGAAUUUGAAUCUGGACAAGGCGUUCGAGCGCUACGUGCAGUUUUUAGUUUUGUCGCUUUUUUCGCCGACUCUCAAAUUCCCCUUCCCGCGCGGGCCUGCCGACCGUCGCGCCGCAUGCAUUCCGCGGACGAGGAAAGCACCUCACGCUUCGUACGUGUCUCUCGUGAGUGUAGUUGGUGAGAGUCUGGAUAUCUUUUCUCCCCCGACGGCGGCUGUCUUCUGUCUCGCGGGCUUUUUGAAUUUACACCAGCUUGCGGGUGCGUACAAGGCUGAAGAGAUGAAGUCCUUGCGUGAAGCUUCGCUGCGCGUGCGCGCUGCGGUGAAGAAGAUUGAGGGGCUCACGCCAGUCAUGCGCGCGACAAUGGAAACCACGUCUUUUCCCGCGUGGCUCAAAUGCGUUCUGAAGGAGUAUCCGCUGUGCAGCGUGCGAGCGAUCGACAGGCGGAUUGACGAGAUCCCUCGGUCGCUGCGGUGUGUCGUCUGCGGGCGUUCGCAGGGGACGCGGUAUUGCGUCUCUCUUGGCGGCUCGCCAUGCGACACAGAUCUUCUGUAUCAGGGCGAGCUGGCGGAGUGGCUCGUCGCGAACGACCUCGAGUGGUUGGGGCGCAAUGCCUUUCCAACCGCAGAAGGUGCGUUGCAGAUUUUUUCCGUCUUCCACGCAAUUCGUUCACAGAUCUGGCCCCCGGCAGUCCUGUCUUCGUUUUUUUUCGCCUCGCGACGGCGGCACCGACCCAAGCCCGGAGAGGAGGAGUCGCCGUGUUCAAGCUGCUACGACUUCCCUGUUGGAAAGCACUGCGGGGAGCAGAUUCUUGCCUGGCACAAAAUACACCACUUCAAGCCUCGGUUGCUCAAGUUCAUGCACACUGUCAUCAAGGGCUUCUCGCCGUGCGUCCUAGAGUACCCCGAGAAAGUCUCCGAAAUCUUCGACGAGGUGAGCGACGCUUUCACCAGGGGAGAGGGCGCUGAGAGCCUCGAGCGCCGCGUCUCUCCGCUGUGCACGCACCAGCCCGGAACGCCUGCCUGCGAAGGGGAGGAGUAG